AUGGCAGCCUCCAUGAUUGUACCGUCCCUGCGUGUUCCAGUACCAGUAGUGUUCGUUUUAGGAGCAACUGGCACAGGAAAAUCGAAAUUAGCAAUAGAAAUAGGAAGAAAAUUCAAUGGAGAGAUAAUCAGUACAGAUUCUAUGCAGGUAUAUCAGGGCCUGGACAUCGUUACUAACAAAGUUACAACAGAGGAACAGGAUCUCUGUCCUCAUCACAUGAUUAACUAUGUCAGUCCACUAGAAGAAGAUUAUCAUAUUCAUCGCUUCAGAAGCAAGGCUUUACCUAUAAUAGAGCAACUUUUGAAGGAUAAGAAACUGCCCAUUAUAGUUGGAGGAACAAACUACUACAUUGAAUCUUUGCUGUGGAAUACCCUGAUCAAGUCUGAGGAUAUCGAAAGAGCAAAGUUGAGUUCAGAGCCAUCUGUGUGUGAAAAGCAAGGUAAAAAUGGUGACAUUGAAGCCAGUAGAGAGGAGGAAGUUGAUAAAUAUGGUCAGGUUAUUACAGAGGAAAGCCAUCGUCUGCGAUCAGAGAAGGACGGUGUGUAUGGAGGCCUAGACACUUGUACACUGUACCAGAGUCUACAGACCGUAGAUCCAUUGUCAGCCAGCCGUAUCCACCCCAACGACAGGCGUAAAAUGCUAAGAGCCUUGGAAGCAUAUGAUGUUCAUGGGGUUCCAAUGAGUGAAAUCUACAAGGCCCAGAAAUCAGCUGAUUCUAAACUAAGGUAUCCCAACACAUGUGUCCUGUGGGUUCAGAGCGAACAAAGUGUUCUAGAUGAUCGCACAAAUAAACGUGUGGACACCAUGAUUGAGAGAGGGUUGAUACAAGAGUUGCUAGACUUUCAUCAACAGUACAAUGCCAAGAGAGAACGGGAAAAUAGAGAAAUAGACUACACCACUGGGAUAUUUCAGAGUAUAGGAUUUAAAGAGUUCCAUGAGUACCUUCUUUUACCUGAGGAGGAGAGAAAUUCAGACAAAGGAAAACUAAUGUUUGAAAAAGGUGUAGACAAAAUGAAGAUAGCAACAAGACAGUAUGCUAGAAGACAGAUCCACUGGAUCAAAAGCCGCCUGUUCAGAAACAAGGGAAGUAACCCUCCUCCUGUGUAUGCAGUAGACUCCACAGAUGUGAAUCAAUGGAAGGGAAAAGUUCAUGAUCCUGCCAUACAGAUUGUCCAGGAUUAUGUAAACGGUGUUGUUCCCACACAAGAACCGCUACCAUUGACUGAGUAUGAUGAUGAAAAGGAGUUCAACCAUUGUAAAAUUUGUAACAAGACUUUUGUAAUGAAGAAGAAAUGGCUAGAUCAUUUGAAAUCAUCAAAGCAUUAUAGAAGAAAGAAAAGUAUAAGGAAAAGACUUGGUGAGACGAGUGCUAUUUUGGACAAAGUCAUAGAAAUGAGAAAUGCAAAAAGAACAAUGAAUAUGGAAGAUAUACUUGAGAGUUUAAACUCAUUGUCAGACAGCAGUGAUGUAGAAACACAAGACAAAGAGGAUGGUGCUGGGGUAGAGGGCACCUGACAUACAGAGAGAUGAUCAAAUCAAGGACCAAAUGACAGAUGUUAAAAUUAAAGCAGUCCAGGUACUCAGUGAUGAACAGAUAUCCCCCCUCUUCAUGCAUGGACUCUAUAGGUGGGAGUGAGGAGGAUGUGCUGAAUUUGUAGUUGCUUUCUCUGAAGGAGCAUGUUUUCAGUCUUUGCAUUACAUGCAUUGUGUGACAUAUUUAGAGGAGUACCUUUCCGAGUCAGAUCAACUUUAAUACAAACUGCUGCUUCACAGUCCCAUAAAUUGUAGCCAUGAUAACAAUCUGUUAUAGUGAAGAAACAUGUUUCUUUGAAUCCAUAGUGUAAAAUCGGUAAAAUCAGGAAUUUUUCUGUGA